AUGGAUCUGCGCACAAUAAUGAAUACCGAUGCUACCGGCACCGCCAGCGCUGCCUCUGCUCCGUCGCAGCAGUCGCCGUCCCGAGCUGAAUCCGUCUAUCCUCCACGUCAACCGCAGCCUGCCACCGCAUCGCCAGCGUCGUCGGCCUCGUCUUAUCCACCGGGAUACAAUGCGCAGCAACAGCCUUCUCAACCGGCCCCAUUACAACGAUCCCGUGCAUCGCCGGAACGAUCUUCUUCCUACGGCUCCAUUCAGUCGCCGUAUCAGCCUCAUUCAACCGCCGCCGUGAGUGCCGGCGCGCAACCCCAACGUGGCCAGAGUCCUCCUCCUCCUCCCCCCCCGCCCCCUGCCUACGCCUCUGCCAGCUCGCGAGACUCUUACUCCGCACCCACGGGUUACAGUAAUCAACAGCACGCGUCAACUGCUCGAUUGGCCUCUCCGUACACGCCGCAACCCGCGAGUUCCGCCGGUCCCUUUGCGGAACAGCAGCAGCAGUCCUAUUUCGCGCAGCAGCGAUCACAGUCCAUCCAGUCCGUUCUUUCCCCCCAAUCCGCUCCCAGUCACUCAUUCCACCCCAGAGAAAGUCCUUCGGUUGCUCCACAAUCGCAUCCAUCGCAACAAUUUUCGCCUCCAGCGCACGGGUCUCUACCUGGCACACCGAGAGCUUCCGCCGUGAGCUCUCUGCCCCGUCAGACCCCGCCAUCGACGCGUCCCCCUUCGUCCGGCCAUGACUCGCAUUCGAACAGAGCCUCAAGUCCCUGGGUGGGACAGGAUGCCCAGAUGCACAUGUCCCCGACCGCAAUGCCAAGAGGCUCGCGCCAGAAUUCCAGGCAUCGAGAACAAACACCGCGACAGCUCCCUCCCGGGGGGGAAAGGCGAACUUCAGACGAAAGCGUUAGCCCCAAGACGGCCUUCACUCCAGGAUCCCGACAAGGGAGCAUGACCGGAACCUCCGAGCACAAAUUCUCGUCUCAGCUCAAUUAUGUCGAAGAUGGCGUCGGCAAGGAGGACUCGUCUGCGCCCGUCAUGACUUCCUCGCAGUCGCCUAUGGCCGUCAUGAAUGCGCGUCCUCCGCCGGCUGUGUCCCAAUUUGACAGCUCUCCGUCUGCCCAGUCCCACAAGGCGAACGGAUCUCUCACUGGAGAUCGGGCCCAAACGUACCCCACGAAGAUGGACAUGACGCCUGACUCGCGACCUGACACAGGUGAGCGACCUUUGAAGCGGAGGAGAAGACGAUACAACGAGCCCCCGAUCUUUGCGCAGCGAGCCGCUCGUGUCAAGGGCCGAUGCCCCGUGAUUCCAGACCCGCAUCCCCCAAUCCCCAAGCAUCUCAGAGACUCUGCUCAAAGCCCAUUCGCACCGCGACGACAGUCCGUCUCGUCCCAUACGCCAACUGCUACUGCAUUACCACCUCCUACGGCGAGGGUUAAAUCAGAAACUCCACCCACGAAUGGCCCUGUAGCUGCCCGUCUACCCUCUGCGCCGACGGUACCAGCCCCCAUGGUGCCCGCGCCUUCGGAAGGAAGCCUAGGACCGUGGGAACCCUCGAUCACCGGGUUUAUUCCCCAUGAGGAAAUCACCAAAUUGGUGUGUGACUUUCUGUUCCAGCACGUGGUCCUCCGCAACGACGCCACGGCUGGACCUGCUGGGACCGCGGCAGUCGGCCAAGGCACUAUCAUUGAGGUGGAAGGCAAGUUGGGGCAUAUUAUCGACAUGGAUCGCGGAGAGAGAGUCAACCUACCAAUCCUGACCGAAAGCGUCAUCAACAAGGAGAAUCCCCGUUUCCGCACGGCGUUUGAAAGUUCGAUGACAGUGUCUCAACAUCGCGCAAUGAACAACUUCCUCAAUGAAGCCGUUAAAGCAUCCAUGCCUCAGACGAACCCAGGCCGGAUCCCUCUGUCUUAUGCGCACAAGAAAGAACGCGACACCUUCUACGAAAUCUCCCCGUCCGAACUCCCCCCAGUCAUUCGACAGAACCUCAACCCCCGUCACAAACCCAAAGUGCGCGUCACCAUCGACCAACGCACCGGCGAAGUCCUCGCCAAGAUCGUCAAAUGCCGUAUCGCAGACAUGGACGUGCACAGUCCCCGGACAUGCGUUGACUGGCGCAUCAGCGUCAACCUCGAAAUGACCUAUGACGGCGACGUCAGCCACCUGACCAUGGUCGACAGCAGCCGCGGCAGCAAAUCUGGCGACCGCACCAAGGACCGCAUGAGCUACAGACAUUUGGCGUACCAGGUCGAUCUCACCCAGGUUGCCAAGUCAGAACCCCCCACUAAAGGCGACUUCGAACACGAACUUGAAGUCGAGGUCUCCGCCGCCGAAGUCCGCCGCCAGGGCCAACUCGCCAUGGCCGGCGACCCGCAAAACCAGUACGAGGAACUAGUCAAGGGAUUCGUGGACAAUAUCCGUUUGCUGGCGCGUGCAGUGCCACCCUGA